AUGGAGGCACUCAUGCCCAGCAUGACCGCCAAAACGAGUGGCGAAGCAAAGAGACUACUACUGCAAGCUCAACACAAGACGCGUCCCGGCUCUGGUUUCGAGAUCGCAGAUUCUGUUGGGCUUCCUGCCGUUUGUGCGCUCCUUGCUUCAACUCGCCUCAAUAAUACGGACGUGACUUUUGAAGCGGCCCAAGCGGCCUCUUGCCUUAACAAACCAAGGUUUAAGAAACUGCAGGAGACCGUCAUUCGUGCCCUUGGAUUAGACGACGCUCCCGCAGAACGGGCCCCGCUUAUGUUCGAAUCCCUGCGCUCAAAGCACUGUGGCAACCUCUCAACUCGAUGUUUGAAGUGGAUGAAGCUUGUGGAGAACGAGUUGGAAGGGGAGCAUGAUGUGACCGACGAUGAGCUUACAAUCGCCAUUUUCAUCUGGGUGUGCAACGCAAUCCAACCCAAUGAACCGCUCGAUGUCAAUGAUUUCAAGUCUCAAUAUGACGCAAACCCAAGAAAGUUGCGCAAUCUCCGCAAAGUCAUUCAAGAGCAGUUCAUCACACAGGCAACUGACAUGGUCAAGGACAUGGAAUCUGUCCUGCGGACCCGCGCCUCGACAUCUUCCCCGCAGAAACGUACCUUGUCGAUGUCCCCGAAAAAGCCCUUUGUGUUAUUAGAUUCUCCCUCUAAGCGUCCCAAAAUCAUAGCCCCGUCUCCGACUAAAGCGCGUAUGCCCGAUCCUCCUUCUCCACGUUCACGGUCACCUGUCAAAUCGCCCAAAAAGCAAAAAGCGCCGGCGGUAUCGUCGUCGUCGGAAGACGACCUGCCCGACGAGUUGCCACCUGCCCGACGCCGUCGUUUUCGACCAGUGUUUCUCGACACGGUCCAAUGGAAUUCACACGAUCCGCGCAUCGAAGAGCUCGACAAAGCGGCCAAAGCCCUGGGCGAACGUAUGGUCAAGCUCUACGGGGAACCUUUCAAAAAUGACUGGAAGGCAGUCGAACAAGACGAAGACGUUGAAAUGGGCUGA